AUGGCUCCUGAUUCGAUCGCCAAGCGUCGCGCUUGCGUGUCAUGCACAUCGGCUAAGCUGAAAUGCACUCCUCAUGCCAAUGGCCGGUGUGAGCGGUGCUCCCGUUUGGGUAAGCACUGCGAGUAUCAGAAUAUGCCCGAAAGGAGACGAAAGCAAAGAGUUACAGGGUAUUUUCUGCAUUUCCAUGAUUGCACUGCUUCAACCUCUACUGUGUCUUCGGGUGGCCCAGUUGAAGACUAUCCCUUGGAUGAACUUGUGGUAGACGCUCAAGAUGCUACCCCAUAUGAACCACCAGUUACCGUGUUACACGAGUUGAUUGGCACGAAUGAGGCGGAAUCUCUUAUAAACGACUUCAAAUCCAACUGGACGGCAAAGUUCCCAUUUGUUGUCGUUGAGCUUGAAAAGUCGGCUGUCGAUCUUCAUGCCCACAACCCCUUUCUCUGCCUUUGCAUUCUUGGAGUCACCAUGGACUUUCAGCACCCUCUUCGCAAACGUAUAUACAACGAGAUCAUGGAUCAGAUCACCUCAAAGAUCAUCCGAAACGCCGAGAGAAGUUUGGAUCUCUUGCAGGGUCUUCUUGUAUAUGCUGCGUGGUAUCGCCAUCCUCUCCAUAUCGGCAAGAGGGAGGCUGUGAUGUUCGUUCAGUUGUGCACAGCUAUGGUGUACGACCUAGAUCUAGACAAGAAGCCGGGUUUAACGCCGGAGGAACAACAUGCUGUUCUCGGGACGUUUUGGCUGUCUGGAAGUCUGAGGUUCAUGCUGAACAAGCCAGUGGGUCUCCCGCAUAGUAAGCAGGUGGAGGAUUGUUCUCGGGAGCUGGCUGCUUCAACCACAUGCACGAGUGACCCGUGGGCUGGGCAUCUUGCUCGCUUACAGUCAUUCAUGAGUAAAGUGGAUGAUGAUCACCACGCGCACAAGACUGUGUAUCAAUCGGCCGGAGCUGAAGUUCUUACACAAGUCCUCAGCAUUAGAUACACUCGUGAGCUCGAGGAGCUGAAGAGCUCAGUAGCAAGAGCUCUCGUUGGCUCUCCCAAGCCUGUUGAGCGCUUCCUACAAAUGGAGAUUGAAUGCGCCGAGUUGUCCACCCUGCGAUUUUGCCUCGUAGAAAGUCUCUGGGUUUCCGAAAGCACAGCUGCCAGAAGAAGCACCAUGCUAUGGCGGGCUCUCAAACUGAGCAGAUCAAUAAUUGAAAACUUGAUCAAUACCCCAGAGGCAGAAGUUCGACAAAUCACGUUUGUCACGCUGGACCGGGUCUGGACGACUUUUGAGAUUUUGGCAAAGUCCACUUGGGCACUUGUCCAGUCUCUUCUGGGUGAAAAGGAUCAGCCGGUUAACCAGACAGCUGUACGAGGUAUCCUUGCAGAGGGUAACUUUCUCAAGCUCAUAUCCGAGGUGAGGAAUAGGCUGGAAAAGACGGCGAGAAACGUUCCCGAGGGGGACAAGGAGUUGGAGCUAUUCAACGUGUUUCACUCUAGAGUCAAGUUAUUUGCAAAGUGCUACGAUAAGCGCCUCAAGGACUCUACAGGUGUUGAUCCAUGGGAGGUGGGCGAGGAUGUGGUUGUUGAGCAGAGCGACGACAUGUGGGAGGGGGCUGUUGGCUUGAGACAAGAAAUGGCCGAUGUUCCGCUUCUUACUCAUGUACCAAUGUCCUUCUAG